AUGGAAAGAACGCGGAGGAGUUUACGGAGAGCCAUUUUCAGUUUUCUAGUGCCGUUCUUGCUGGCAUGUAGUGUAAAAUGCGAGGCGCCAUUGGUGGACAGUAGCGCCCUGCCACUUGAGCACAGAUCAGUGUACGGCCCCCCGGCUCAAUACGGUCCCCCCGGUCACGGGGCCGAGGAGAAUUGGCCCCUGGCCUCCCCCGACACCCCCCAAAUCAAGCACCUCCAAGUCCAAUGUGAGAAGACUCACAUGCGAGUGAACAUUGAGUUCGACCGUCCCUUCUACGGUAUGAUCUUCAGCAAGGGCUUCUACUCGGAUCCCCACUGCGUCCACCUGAAGCCCGGAACUGGACACUUGAGUGCAACCUUCGAGAUCUUCCUGAACUCCUGCGGUAUGAGCAGCUCAGCCAAUCACAAUGUCGCAGCGUACGGCGCACCGACGCCGUCAGGAAGCUACGUCGAGAACACGAUCAUCAUUCAGUAUGAUCCCUACGUCCAGGAAGUCUGGGAUCAGGCCAGGAAACUCCGCUGCACUUGGUACGACUUCUACGAGAAGGCUGUGACGUUCAGGCCAUUCCAAGUUGACAUGCUUCACGCCGUCACAGCGAACUUCCUAGGCGACAAUCUCCAGUGCUGGAUGCAGAUUCAAGUUGGAAAGGGUCCUUGGGCCUCCGAGGUCUCCGGCAUCGUCAAGAUCGGUCAGACAAUGACCAUGGUCCUGGCUAUCAAAGACGACGAGAACAAAUUCGACAUGUUGGUGAGGAAUUGCGUCGCUCAUGAUGGCAAGAGGGCGCCCAUUCAGCUCGUCGAUCAGUACGGCUGUGUCGUCAGGCCCAAGAUCAUGUCGAGAUUCCAGAAGAUCAAGAAUUUCGGCCCAAGCGCGUCGGUCGUCAGCUUCGCAUACUUCCAGGCGUUCAAAUUUCCAGACAGUAUGAACGUUCACUUCCAGUGUGUCAUCCAGGUCUGCAGGUACAACUGUCCUGAACCAAAGUGUGGACAUCCAGGGCUCGAGUACGCGGGUGGAGCUGCAGGAAUCUCGUCGGAGUACGGAUCUCCAGUGCAUCAGAGUCUUGGCUCGGAGUACGGUGCGCCGCCAGUGCCUGAAUAUGGAGUCCCACCUGCAUACCCUGACCCCCGUCAUCCCAGCGGACCCGCUGGUGCAUACAGCGAACCAAAUCCCGACAUAGUGCCAGCACCGCAAGCUCAAACGUCCUCGUCGUCGCCGAGCUCAACCACAGGGGACUCCCCAGCCAGCAGCUCUCCCCAAAGUCCUCAGGACAGCAUUCACCUGCCGCCACCACCACUUCCUGGUCACCCUGCGGGAGCUUACCAAACGGUCAAGCGGAAGGGAACAGUCGGGCCUGAUGAACUUGAGGGCAAUCUGGCGACACUUGGGGGACGACCGAGGUCGGUUGAAGGCAUGCCAGCUGAGUUGAGAGGCGCCAGGAGGCGAAGGCAUGUGGACAUCAUCGAGAUCGAUCCCAGUCUUUUCCACGAGAUGACGGUGGUGUCGUCCCACGUGUACAAACGAGCAGCCCAGGAGAUGACGGACGUGAACACGUCUCGAAUAAUUCAGGUAGUAGCUCCAGGAGACGUCAACUUCGCGCUGGGUGCGGCGAGCACGAGCAACGACACAACAGUUGUGAUUUCGAACUCCUCGACCGAUCCCGAGACGAUCUGCAUGUCGUUGCCAGGUUUCGUCGGUGGACUAGUGAUGCUUCUGCUCGUCAUCAUCGUCGCCUCCCUCGUCGCAGCCUUCCUCUUCGUCCGGGUGCGAGCGGUCGACCGUAAAAAUGCCACCGCCAGCAGUCCCUACGCACACGCCAUCUAUCCCCCAGACGCCUGCAACAUUCCAAACACUGAAUUCGUCAAAGUCGCCAAUUGCUCAUCAUAAUGUCGGAUUAACGAAGAGAAACUCAGAGAGAGAUGACGGAGGACGAUUUACGACUGAGAACAAAUCGUCCUGCGCGUCUUUCUCAAGAUCAUUGACACAUACUUCAUUGAAAUCAUUUAAUUUCCAUCUUGCGAUUCAAUUUGCCCUUUCAGAAUUCUUCAUGUAAAUAAGAUCUCGAGAUUUGAUGAAGAGUCUCGUAGAAACUCAAGCGAGAAGCGAAAGGAAAUAUUCAAAAAUAUUAAGAUCAUUUUCGAAUGCGCUCUGCUCAUCGACGAAGCACUCGUGACUUGACAUGACUAUCAUCAUGAUUCAGUGGGUUUAGUUGAUCGGCUGUUUUGUCAUUGUGUCCGGCGUCUCGUCGAUGAGCAUCAGGCGUCGCUAUCCUGGUGGAGUCAGUGUAAAUAAUUAGCAGGGCAGCUCAGCAGAACUCCACCAGGAUGCCCAACGGGGCUACCCUGCCACCUGAUUUUUACUUCAAAAAUUAUCAUUACUCUAAAUCAUUUUGUCUCUUAUUUAUGUACUCACGUGAAUACUAUUCUAUCGAUUCUUCAUACCUCAUUCUACAUCCUCGGUCUAGGGUACUUUGGCUUACUUCGAGGUUUCAUUCAAUUUUAAUUUAUUUAUUUUUUUUGUGAUUACGAAUUGAAGGUCUACCUCGAUGACGACCCAAAAUACAUUUUCAAUUCUGUUUUUUUGGUCAUUUUGAAGUGUCAACUUCAGCUGUAUUCCUCGGUACUAAUGCAAUCGAGUCGCGGUAUUUGGCAGCGAAUACGAGACGAGAUUGAUGAUAACUUAACUUAUUUUUUUCUCUCUGUCACCAUUCAGUUUCAUUUCUACUUCUUCUCUUCAACACUUGUUGGUUUAAGUCAUUACGACGAUGCAUAUUCCCGGCGUGCUGGGAAUACGGUUAAUGUACGUGUCUUGAGUGCACGAAAAUUUGAUGAGCGCGCUGUAGGCGACUGUCGAAAUGCAAAAAAAUGGUACAGUAAG